UAAUGUGUGUUUUAUUGGACACUGGCUCUCUGGAGUCCCGCUCCGCCCUCUCCUGAGGAAAUGGACAGACUUUUUGCAUACGCCUUGAAGGGUGGAAUUAGCAGCAAGCUCUUGAAACUACCUCUGGAGAUGGAAUCCAGCGGAAUUCUCGAAAAGAAGAGGGGUGCAUGCACUGAUCUCCAAGCACAGUUUGUCCAUGUUAGUCUUGCACGUGCUUGACUCCAGUCAGCACCGUAGGCCCCGCCACCGGCCGUGCACUUUCCUUCGAUCCUUUGGCCAGUAGCUUCGCGCUUGCUCACGAACUUGCCUGCCUGCGUGGCCCACCCAGUCCCUCCUUUCCAGUCCGUCUUCCCUCUCCUCAGCCUCUGCCAGCAGCCACUGCGCAUGCUUUCUGACGCCCCCUCUGGUCCAGCGUGGGAGGAGGGGAUGGAAAUGAGGUUGGGCCGAGCAGCUCGCGCGCGCUACCUUCCCUGCCCUCCCCCGUCGCCGGACGCGCGCUGGGCUGGGCAGUUCCGUGGGGCGGUGCAGCUCCGUGGGGCCAAGGGCAGUGCAGCAGCGGCGACGGCGGCGACGGCGGCUGCGGUCCUGGCCGCGGCGGGAGGAGCCCAAAGCCCCGCCCCCGGGGAGGGGCCGUCCUGCAGGUGCCCGCCCUCCAUCCUCCACGGCCCCAUCCAAGCCAGGGAUGAAAUUUAACAGCAAGAAGGACGCAGUUGACGCGGCGUCAAUGAACUAAGUCAAAACCCGGUUCCUGUGCCAGCAAGAUGCUGGAGCGAGGGGCGGAGUCCACGGCUGGGGCCACGGAUCCUAGUCCCACUGGCAAGGAACCAGUGACCGAAGAAGCUCCCCACCAGGGCCCACCGCAGAAGCCCAGCCAGUCAUCUGCGGGCGCGCCUCCCAGGCCCCGCCGGCGGCCCCCACCCCAGCGCCCUCACCGCUGCCCCGACUGUGACAAGGCCUUCUCGUACCCGUCCAAGCUGGCCACGCACCGCUUAGCACACGGUGGCGCCCGACCCCAUCCAUGCCCAGACUGCCCUAAGGCCUUCUCCUACCCCUCCAAGCUGGCAGCCCACCGCCUCACGCACAGCGGCGCCCGCCCACACCGGUGCCCACACUGCCCGAAGGCCUUUGGCCACCGCUCCAAGCUGGCGGCUCACCUCUGGACCCACGCGCCCACCCGCCCCUAUCCGUGUCCCGACUGCUCCAAGUCUUUCUGCUACCCUUCCAAGCUGGCGGCCCACCGCCACACCCACCACUCCACCGAUGCCCGCCCCUAUCCUUGCCCACAUUGCCCCAAGGCUUUUUCAUUUCCCUCCAAGCUGGCCGCCCAUCGCCUAUGUCACGAUCCCCCCACUGUGCCCAGCAGCCAGGUCACAGCCUGGCACCGAUGCUCCAGCUGCGGCCAGGCCUUUGGCCAGAGAUGCCUCCUGCUCCUUCAUCAACGCAGCCACCACCAGGCGGAGCACAAGGAGGAGAGAGACUGAGCCCUCCCUUGGGCUCACUGUCCCCCUCUGCCCCUAGCCCUCGCCAGUAAGAGGUGGGAUUUCUAAGCCCGGCUGUAUGAGCUCGCCUCUUCCAGAUAGCUGGCAGGGCAAGGGAUUGGCCCUUUGUACUGGGAUCGAACUCAAAAGCCCGAGGAACUGUUUGCUCCCCUGCUUUGGGGAGAAUAAAGCCUCAACCAGUUUAGCACUGGGUCUCAAACCAUAGAUGUGAAGCUGUGGUUUGACAGCACUGGCUCUGCUUCUCCCCACACACUUACAUGGCAAGGGUAAAAAAGUCUGCUACUGUUGUAGGCUGAUGAGGAUUGUGGGCAAACAGGCUCUCUUGUUGUUGUUACAAGUUUAAAUCGGUGUCUCUCCUUUGGCCAUGUGACUGUAUCUAAGAAAUUGAAAAUACAUAUUUGUUUCAACUCUU